UCAUGUAGGUUUAUGUUAAGGAGUCUUAUUUAUAUAUUUAAGUGAUCAUAUAUAAAAAUUUUGGCUAGACAUUUUGGUAUACUCCUGAAUUUCCAGCACUCAGGAGUUGAAAAUAGGAAGAUCAAGAGUUCGAGGCCAUAGUGGCUAUGAAGUUAAGAGGCCAGCCUUGGCUACACAAGACUGUCUCUGCCCAAUACACACACACACACACACACACACACACACACAGCAAAAGCUUAAGUGAAUAGUGUUGUUUCUGAGUCACAAAGUGUGAGUGUGGUGUGUAGGUGAUGCUUAUAAGCCAUCCAUUUUUUUGUUUUGUUUUGUUUUGUUUCCUCAUUGGUUUUCACUUUGAAAUGGAAGAUGUGCCUUAAUAGAAAAUAGGGAAGUCUUGACAUUAAUCACUGGUACAAAAGAGCUCCAAAGGUCUUUUUAAAAAGUAGAAUCUGAUCUAGGCAAAGGGAAGUGUCCCUGUCAAGGCCCUGAUUACCUAAUUGUGUACCCUUAAAGGAAGAAAAAAAUGUUUUAAACAGCUUAUUGCUAUAUAACUGAGUAUAGCCUAAAACUCAAGCUUCUCCUGCCGAAUCCAGCCUCAUGAGAUGUAUGCUAGAAUACCUGGCAUUAGAAAUCUUUUCUUCUUCCUUUGAAAUAGUGAUAGAACAUUACAAAGUCCCCUUGUGCUGAAGUGCUAAAACGACUUCUUACUUGUUUUGAGUCAACGCUGAAGAUAAAUGUAUAUUCAAAGUGGACGGCAGCUGCAUAGCCUGGCACGUGGACAAGCAUCUGAAAGAGUCAGCAUUGGCAGUCGUGUUGAGCUACAGAGGAGACGUUUCUAAGCUUUUUUUAUUGCUGUUGUUCUGGGUCUGGGUACAACGGUCUGUGGGCCCUGACACCCGGGAGCAGGAAUGAAGACCGUGCUCAUGGUAGCAGAAAAGCCAUCCCUGGCACAGUCCAUUGCCAAAAUCCUCUCCCGAGGAAACAUGUCCUCCCACAAAGGGCUGAAUGGGGCAUGUUCAGUGCACAAGUACACAGGAACCUUUGCUGGCCAACCUGUCCAUUUCAAGAUGACAUCUGUCUGCGGUCAUGUGAUGACACUGGAUUUUCUGGGAAAGUACAACAAGUGGGAUAAGGUGGAUCCUGCAGAGCUCUUCAGCCAAGCUCCAACAGAGAAAAAGGAAGCUAACCCCAAGCUGAACAUGGUCAAGUUCCUGCAGGUGGAGGGCAAAGGCUGUGACUAUGUUGUGUUGUGGCUGGACUGUGACAAGGAAGGGGAGAAUAUUUGCUUUGAGGUCCUUGAUGCCGUUCUGCCUGUCAUGAAUAAUGCCCACAAUGGUGAGAAGACAGUGUUUCGUGCCAGGUUCAGCUCCAUCACUGAUACAGACAUCUGUAAUGCCAUGACCCGCCUGAGUGAGCCAGACCGCAAUGAGGCACUCUCAGUGGAUGCCCGCCAGGAGCUAGACCUGCGCAUCGGCUGUGCAUUCACGAGGUUUCAAACAAAGUAUUUCCAAGGAAAAUAUGGCGAUUUAGACAGCUCUCUCAUCUCCUUUGGGCCAUGUCAGACUCCUACCCUGGGAUUCUGUGUAGAAAGACAUGAUAAAAUCCAGUCCUUCAAGCCAGAGACCUACUGGGUACUUCAGGCCAAGGUUCAUACUGACAAAGAGGAGUCACUCCUUCUGGACUGGGACCGUGUUAGAGUUUUCGACCGGGAGAUUGCACAGAUGUUUUUAAACAUGACAAAGUUAGAAAAAGAAGCUUGGGUGGAGGCUACAAGCAGGAAAGAAAAAGCCAAGCAGAGACCACUUGCUCUGAACACUGUGGAGAUGUUGCGUGUGGCCAGCUCAGCUCUGGGUAUGGGACCACAGCACGCCAUGCAAAUAGCUGAGAGAUUAUACACACAGGGCUAUAUCAGCUACCCACGGACAGAAACCACCCACUAUCCCGAGAACUUUGAUCUGAAGGGCUCUUUGCGACAGCAGGCCAAUCACCCAUACUGGGCAGACUCGGUAAAGCAGUUGUUAGCGGAAGGCAUCAACCGCCCUCGGAAAGGUCAUGAUGCUGGUGACCAUCCUCCGAUCACACCUAUGAAAUCAGCUACAGAGGCUGAAUUAGGAGGUGACGCAUGGAGACUCUACGAGUACAUCACCAGACACUUCAUUGCCACAGUGAGCCAUGACUGCAAGUAUCUCCAGAGCACUAUCUCCUUCAGGAUCGGGCCUGAACACUUUACAUGCAUGGGAAAAACAGUUAUUUCCCCAGGCUUCACAGAGAUCAUGCCUUGGCAGAGUGUGCCCCUGGAAGAGAGUCUGCCCACGUGCCAGAAGGGUGAUACCUUCACUGUGGGUGAAGUGAAGAUGCUAGAGAAGCAGACGAGCCCACCGGACUAUCUGACUGAGGCCGAACUCAUCACUCUCAUGGAAAAGCAUGGUAUCGGGACUGAUGCCAGUAUCCCUGUGCACAUCAACAAUAUCUGCCAGCGCAACUAUGUUACUGUGGAGAGUGGCCGCCGGCUCAAGCCCACCAACCUUGGCAUAGUUCUGGUGCAUGGUUACUACAAGAUUGAUGCAGAGCUGGUACUCCCCACCAUCCGAAGCGCAGUGGAGAAGCAGCUGAACCUUAUUGCCCAGGGCAAAGCUGACUACCACCAGGUCCUAGACCACACCCUGGAUAUCUUCAAGAGAAAGUUCCACUACUUCGUUGAUUCUAUUGCUGGCAUGGACGAGUUGAUGGAGGUGUCCUUUUCACCCCUGGCUGCCACUGGCAAGCCCCUCUCACGCUGUGGGAAGUGCCAUCGAUUUAUGAAGUACAUCCAGGCCAAGCCAAGUCGCCUGCACUGCUCCCACUGUGAUGAGACCUACACCCUCCCACAGAAUGGUACCAUCAAGCUCUAUAAGGAGCUACGGUGCCCAUUGGAUGACUUUGAACUGGUCCUGUGGUCCUCAGGCUCCCGGGGCAAGAGCUACCCACUGUGUCCCUACUGCUAUAACCACCCACCCUUCCGAGACAUGAAGAAAGGCAUGGGCUGCAAUGAGUGCACACACCCCACCUGCCAGCACUCACUGAGUAUGCUGGGCAUUGGCCAGUGCGUGGAAUGCGAGAAUGGAGUCCUGGUUCUGGACCCCACUUCUGGUCCCAAGUGGAAGGUGGCCUGCAAUACAUGCAAUGUGGUGGCACACUGCUUUGAAAAUGCCCACCGAGUACGGGUAUCUGCUGACACCUGCAACACCUGCGAGGCUGCCUUGCUCGAUGUAGACUUCAACAAAGCCAAGUCUCCCCUUCCUGGCAAUGAGACACAGCACACAGGCUGCAUCUUCUGUGACCCCGUCUUCCAGGAGCUGGUGGAGCUAAAGCAUGCAGCCUCCUGCCACCCCAUGCACCGAGGUGGGCCUGGAAGGAGGCAGGGUCGUGGGCGGGCCCGAGGCCGGAGACCUCCAGGAAAGCCCAACCCUAGACGGCCAAAAGACAAGAUGUCAGCUCUGGCUGCUUACUUUGUAUGACAACCUAUCUUUUCUCCACUCCAAACCAUCGUGGUUAUCUUUCAGCCACUGAAACCAUUAAAAUGCUUUUUAUUUUGUAUUCUCUGGAACAAAAAGCCUGGGACCUUUUACUGGUGAAACAGAGGGUUCCUAUGUCUGUGGAAACCUGUGAGAAUCAGCUUUAUCCCUCCAUCCUGUUUAAAGUACAC